ACACUACCGUAGUGUGUGUCAGUCACUGUAAGUGUAGUAUGGUUAUGCUUGGCAGCUACGAACGUCUGUCAACAUAGCGCGGAGAUGGGCUUGUUUGGCAAAUCCCAGGAAAAAAAUCCAAAAGACAUGGUUCAAGAAUGGACUCACAAGUUAAGGAAAGAGGGUUAUCAAUUGGAUAGACAGGUUAGAGCGAUUCAACGGGAAGAGGAAAAGAUAAAACGUUCCCUGAAAGAUGCGGCGAAGAAGGGUGACAAGGAUGUCUGUAAGAUUCUGGCGAAGGAAAUAAUACGCGCACGUAAAACUUGCAACAAGUUGUACACAUCAAAGGCACACAUGAACUCCGUUUCAUUGCAAAUGAAAAACCAAUUGGCCACGAUCAGGGUCGCUGGUUCUGUCUCAAAAUCCACAGAAGUGAUGCAGGCAAUGCAAUCGUUGGUGAAGGUGCCAGAAGUGGCAGCGACCAUGAGAGAAUUGUCUAAGGAAAUGAUGAAAGCUGGUAUCAUUGAAGAAAUGUUAGACGAAACUAUGGAAUCCGUGGAGGAUUCUGAGGAUGUUGAGGAUGAGGCUGACGAAGAAGUUGAUAAAAUUUUGUGGGAAGUCACUGCAGGCCAAUUGGGCACAGCACCUGCAGUUGUUACCGAAACACCUGGCUCGGUUGUAGCGUCCACAUCUGUGGAGGAAGAGGGCGAUGAAGUAGAUGAUAAGGAACUUGAAGAGAUGAAAAUGAGACUACAAAGUCUUCGUAGUUAGGUCUAAUAAUUGUACAUAAUUCAUCUGCAUCGACUUUAGAAUCAGCUUGCACUUAUCAAGCAUGAACAUAUAUACUUAUAUGUGACGUGCAUAAGGUACAAACACAGUGAAACAAACGCCUAGCAUAAUAGUUAACAUUUCUCGACAAUGUUCGAUUAACGCUUUUAUAUUGAACAACAACAAAAAAAAAGAUAAGUAAAGAGGAAAAAUAACAAGUUUUAUUUUAUCUACACAGUUUUUAUAUCCAGCUUUUAUAAUCUGUAUGUGAUGUAGAAUAUCAGUAUAAUUUAACUAUACGGGAAAGUCAUAAGUACAGAGAAGCUGGCUUCUUAAGUGUAUUACGUUGAAAUAUAUAUUAAUUAAUUUAAUUACAAAGCCCUUGUAUUAAUAUGUAUUAUAUACAAACAAUGAUUUUGAUUGUUAUCAUUUCCUGCAUUUUCUGUUCACACCCUUCGUAUUAAUGUAAUAAAUGAUUACUACACAUCA